GUAACUUAAAAACAUAUGACUAACUAUUGCGGGUAAAUAUUAAUUGUUUUAGACUUCUUGAGAAUGAUCCAAAUCUGCCAUUCAUAAUGUCAAGGUUUUUGUGUUUUUAUUGCCUUUAAUGGUGUUAUUGGGAGUAGGUGAGGCAUUCGUCCAUCAUGGUAUCCCGUAGGAUUAAUUCUACUAAAAUCUCCUUAUGCUAAUUCUAUCAGGAUUCCACAUAUUUUCACACUCUUCUAAACAUUGCGAUAUAAAAGUUUGCUGACGGUGUUGCCUUUUAUCUUUCAACCAAGCAAUUAAUUAACAAUGAUGACGUUGCUUUUAAAAAUGAAAAAUGCAUGCCCUAGGAUCGAACCCAAGAGUCGAGUAGCUCUAGGAAUCUUGUUCCACUGUCACUACGUUAUCGCUGCUUGUUAGAAAUUUUAUUAUUCUUCAACUCUAUCGACAGGUUAUGGUUCCAUCGUUAUUCAUGGUAUGAUUUACUUAUUACCCUAAUAAUAUAUUACAGCACAAAGCUAUCAAACAGAAUUUUAAUUGCAAUCGCGAUAGAUAAUAGGUACCCUUAUAGAAAUUUUCUAAAAUCUUUGAAGAACCUGGUCCGGCAAGUACACUGUGACACUACGUGUAUGGCUGAAACUCUAUGCUAUUAUCUACUAGAAAUACUCUAUCCGCCCCUAGCUUCAUCUAAAUUAAUGAUUUUACUCAUGUUCAAACGGGUGCUUAUUGUAAUUUCUAAUUACCGUUGCCAUGAAAUGAAAUAAAUUCAUUAAUCAUGUACAUAACAAAACACUAGAUACAUAAGAAAAGCAUACAUUUGUUUAUCUGAUAGUAUUUACUUUGUCAAAAGCGCAAUAUCGGCCAUACCGUUGAAUUCGGCGGCAAAAUCUGGUCCAUAAUAUGAAUGAAUCUAUUCAUUUUCAUAUAAAUUAUACUAUUGCAUAUUUCAACCACUUUGUAACAGCAACACAACCACUACUCGACCACGUUUUGUCGCUGCUAGGUGGUAUGGCUGUGGUACGUGUGUGUGGACCCUUUAUUUUAAAAGAAAUAGUCAUAUUUGCAUGGUCGAAAGCUCGCGGCUGGGUGGAGCAGGUGAGUCAGCAGGUGGGGUGGUUGUCGGACCGAAACCGAACAUUGUUUACUGGACCCUUUCUUACUAAAAGUCCGUUAAUAGAUAGGAUAACCUAACAAAGGUUUGUUAUAUAGCAUAUUUCGUUCGAUAGAAAGUAUUGUAACAAUAUAAUACUUACCUACUACAACGUUUAACUUAUUAAUUGCCUGGUCAGCUGUAAAAUGAUAGCCGCAAAGACUCCUUUGGAAGUUGAAAAUUUAGAUCAAUUAAAAGUAUUGGACAAUUGUUAUUACUAGGCAACUAAAUUGGACUAAUAAGUCAACUGGUACCUAUUGUGUAUGUACUUAUAGCAUUAAAACACGAUAAAUAUUAACAUGCUAAAACUUUCUAUCGGUCAUGUCUACAAGUGUCCAGUUUUCGCGGUAUAAGUUUUAUUGAAAGCAAUUAGUAUUCAGCGAUGUUCCCGACGAGCCGAUCAACAUGUUUCCCACCCCCACCACAUCUCCGACCCAAUUGUAAUGCAACGGCUGGCGCCGAGUCCGGCGCGGAGCAGGCGCGCGGGCAUUGCGCCGCCGGCGUCCGCACUUCGCGACCACCUGCCGCCGUCCCGCCGCGCUGCCCGCGCCAUGGUCUGCGACGAUGGGCUGCACGCAUCAUCGCCCCACGUUCGCCACAAGUCUCUGCGCCGGCUUGCCUCAACACGCGGCUUCAAGCCUCAUAAUGAUUACGGUUGGAUCCGGGUUUUUGAAGGCCUCGAGCCAUUCGCCGUCGACGCUCCCAGCAAACUUGUCAAGGUCGCGCUGAACACCACCGUUGAAGAUGUAAAUAAGAAGCUGGGGCUAGGAGACGAAUUGUCACUCUGGGUGCAAAUUGGCGGUGAAAAAUCACGGAGAUUGGAGAACGAUGAAUUCCCGUUACGAAUUCAAGAGCAGUUUCUGGCCACAUGUGGAUGGAAGUCCGAAGCUCGCAGACUCCGCAUGGCUGUCGAUCCUGAGUUACGUCAUACGUUACGGUGGUGCACCGGCCCGUCUGCACGGCAUAGCAGAGUGAUGAGGUCGGGAACUUUGCAUGUUCUUAAAGGACAUGUUUUUCCACAAUGGAAGCCCAAGCCAGCUCAGAUUAUGGGGUCCAGAUUAUACACUUAUGGUACUAAUUGGGAAAUGCUGGAAUUAAGUGGCGGCAGCAUCGAAUUUUGUCCACCAAAAGCUCAAAAACUGGUGUUGUGUGUGAAACCUCUAUCUCAAGGACUAUCUGGAGAUGCGAUAACAGCUCAUAUUUUCCUGGGAUUCAACACUGUUUGGGAGAGAAACAUGUGGUUUUGCUGGCUUAAAGAGGCGACACAGAGCACCCAGCCACCAAACGUGUUAGACCUUAGCGGUGGAAGUCGAGGGUUCCUCGGAGACUCGAUUGCCGAGCAUGCUGUCAGUGCCUUUACUGUAAGAGUUCUUCGUCUUCAAGGAAAUGCCCUCGCCACACUCCCGCCUCAAGUGUGGAGUCUGCAGUCGCUUACUCAUCUGGACAUCAGUGACAAUAGAAUUACGGAGCUGCCUUCAGAAAUAUGUCAGCUUACACAACUAGACGAGCUUCGAGUAAGCGACAACGAGCUUCAAUCCAUCGACUGUGUGCUCCGGUUACCACGAUUAAGAAUUCUUAUAGCGGCUAGGAACCUCAUCAGUAGGUUUGGGCCAGUCAAUAACAAAAAGAUGGCUCCGGACGAUGACACCAAGUCGGAUUACCGUGGACCCCUCACUAACGUGGAUUUGCGACACAAUAGACUGAAAGGAAGCAUUAUUCUUGGUAAUUAUGAACAUCUAGUGUCUCUAGAUCUAUCCCACAACUCAGUGGAGGUGUUGGUUGUGUCGGCGCUACGUGGGUUGCGCGAGCUGGACGCGUCCCACAACGCGCUGCAGCACAUCGCACUGCACGGCGCUUCGUUACGCACUCUACGCGCCCCGCACAACCAAUUAGAAACACUGACAACCACGGUACCACCAAUAAACCUGGUAGAGAUCGACGUAUCGUACAACAAACUAACAUUGUUACCACAAUGGCUUAGCGGCUGCUCAGAUCUCACCACAUUACACGCAUGCAAUAACCAACUGACAUCCUUGCCCGAGCAUUUGUUCUGCAGCGAACUCUCUAGCCUCAGCAACCUUCACUUAGCUCAUAACAAAAUUUCGAGUAUGCCGUCGAUGCCCAGGCUGCGAGCGCCGUUAAAGGAAUUGUUACUGCAUGACAACUGCAUACAGGCCCUGCCAGAAAAUUUCUUCUCUGUAUGCGACAGACUAUGUAUUUUAAACCUUUCAAAUAAUAGAUUGAGCCGGUUACCUCAUGCCAGAGGAAUGUCUCAGAGCCUAGAAUGCCUGUACUUGACAGCUAAUUGCUUAUCUGAUGACGUAGCCGAAGUUAUCAUAGCCUUUCGAGGAUUAAAGAUUUUACACCUGGCAUAUAAUUGUUUAACAAAUCUACCAGAUAAUUGUAUAAGUUUUUGGCCUGAUAUUGAGGAGUUAGUCCUGUCAGGUAAUUCCUUAUCGAAGUUGCCAGAAAGCUUGCCACAAUUAAAUAAUAUAAAGAUAGUCAGAGCUCACUCAAAUAAAUUGCGUUCCGUUCCUAUGUUUGCAUGCAGUCCAUCUAUAAAAAUCUUAGAUUUUGCUCAUAACGAACUUGAUAGUUUAGACCUACGACUACUUGCGCCAAAACAACUGAAAUUUCUUGAUAUUUCUUGCAAUAAAAAACUUCAAGUAGAUCCAUCGCAGUUCAACGCAUAUAGAUGUCAGAGACCAUUAAGUUUGGUUGAUGUUACCGGUAGGCAUUCCCUACCUUGGACACAAAAAACCGGGUACCACGAAGAACUAAAUGGAGUUACGCCAUGGAUUACUGGAUUCUCUGAAUGUCCAAACAAAUAUUUACAACUAUGUUGCUCUCAAAUUCGCCUGCCCUCUUUUUGUAACAAAGAAGGGCUCUUUGCAGUAAUUGACGGGGAAACAGAUACAGAAGUGCCAAAAAUAUUACAGUCAUGUAUACCAGGGCUCUUAUUAGAAGAAAGGUCCAUCAAAGAAACCAUUAAUGAAUAUAUGAAGUACGUAGUUUUAUCAGCGCAUAGAGAAUUAAAAGAAAAAGGUCAAAGGAAAGGGGCUUCUUUAGUGAUGUGUCACUUAUCUCCUGCACCGCCAGCAGAAAACGUUUUUGGACAAAGUAAUAAAAAGUAUAAUCUAAGGUUGGCAAAUGUGGGAAAUACCAAAGCUGUGCUGAGUAGACGCAAUGGACUUUUAAAUUUGGGAAUUGAAAACAACAAGCGCCUUGGAUGCUCAUCUACUUACCCAAACACUGUACCUGAUCCAGAUGUAAUACAAACUGUAGUAAAAGAAGAUGAUGAAUUUUUAAUAUUAGGGAAUGGUAAUUUUUGGAACGCUAUCAGUGUCGAUACGGCCAUCACUGAAGCAAGAACUGAACGUAACCCAGUGCUUGCGGCGAAGCGACUUCAAGACCUCGCGCAGAGCUACGGAGUUGAAGAAUGUAUAUCAGUUUUAAUAAUAAGAUUCGACUCUGGAAGAUCUGACGUAGAUUUAUUGAUGCGAGAAUUACGUCAAACAAUAAACAGUAAUAAAUCUGUGUGUAGAUCAGAUUGCUGCUGUUCCCGAUUAGAACCUUGCUGCCAUUCUAUUUCCCCACCGAAGCCAAGUAGUGACAGAUCUUCGCCCAGCGGGCAAAGCGACCGCCCUCCAAGCGAAGCAAUUAGUCAUCAGCAUUAUGCAAGCGUACGAUCGCAUAACAAAGCAUCAGAGCGUAGAAGUUAUCGCAGUGGUGUCGCGAGAGCCAUCCGCGUGCGUGUCGAAGAGGACAAAGAAGAUGAUCGCAGAAACGAGGAACUUUCUAACCCAGAAGAGCAAUUUAAAUGCUGGGAGUAUAUGCUAGAACAAAAUACUCAAAUGCUAUUCGAUAAGGAAUUAGAUAAUUUGUCCAAAGGAAUGCGUUCCAAUACCAGCAGUUUGAGAAAUUUAAAAGGUUUAUCGGGUAGCAGUCCACAGCUUCAUUUGACUGGAAAGCCGACAAAAGUACCAUUUUUAUCAAAGCACUUUGGUAGUGCCAGAUCCUUUGGCAACACAUUAAAGCCGGACUUCCGCUUUGGGUCUGGCAGAAUGCCGAACGGUGGGCCAAAUGCAGCAUAUUUUGGAUCUUUACAGCGGCUCAUGCCAUAUCAUUUGGAAUAUGAUUUUGCUGUAAUACAAGAAAAAUCUUCACAAUCACAAGACUCUCUUGAUCUCGAAGGCCGCAUGCAGCAGUAUUGGGGAGUUGCUACAACCGAACUAUAAAAUAUUUGUACUACGCAAAAUGUAAAUAAAAUGUCACUGUAUUUGGAUGUA